CAAUUUGUGUAAACUAGCCUAAUGCAAACAAUUUUCUAGAUUCAAGCCUGGAUCUACAUUAUUUAUGAAACUAUAUCUCUAGAUCUAGACCUAGAUCUAGAUCUAUAUUUUUUAAGCUAGUUCCGAUGCACGAACAGUAAACACCUAGAAUACAAACAUCUCCAUAUAUCUCUGAAAAUUCUUAAGUUUUUGGACUGAAGCGAGUAAAGCCAGCCAACAUGCCCGCCUUACUUGAGCGGCCUAAAAUGACCAGAGCCAUGUAUGAGGCUUUGAAGCGUCACAUCAUGCGAGAAAGAGAAAAGAAAAAGCAAGAGCAAGAGCAAGAUGCUAUGAUGGAAAGAUUAAAAAAAGAGCGAGAACUAAAGAAGAAAAAAGAAGAGGAAGACAGUCUUACUUUGGAGGAAACAAAUGAGCAGAUUGCGCAGCUAGAAAAGAAACUGGAAAUUCUGAAAGGACAAAAACAUGAGCUGUUUUCACAGCUUAAAAAAGUAUUGCAUCAGGAAGAUGAGACUAGGCGUCGAGCCCAACAAAAGGAGCAAAAUGAGAUGACCAUAUCUCAGCCUACCUACCAGCACCCUGCUCAGGCAGCUGUACCUCAGCCUAUGAUGAUGCAUGGAAGACCAGCUUUAUACAAGCCCACUUCAAAUAUUGUAGUUGCUCAAAAUUUAAAGCGUACAAGGUCUCCAUCUCCACCAUCUUCUUCAGCUACAUUUCCAGGGUACGGCCACAGUGAAGCCAAGUAUCCGCAUACAGCAGAUAGCAAAUAUUCUCAUAGUGACGUGAAGUACACUUCACACUCUGACACUAAGUUUGCCCAUGCGGAUCCCAAAUACUUAUCAUCCUAUACAGCCGCAAAAACUGGACCAGCCCAUAAUUUGUACUCAGCUCAGCACCCGUCUACUGCUGAAUUCAAGAGCUCAGUCUACCCUCAGCCAGGUACAAGCCACCUGUACUCUGCCUCUCAGACCUUCCCCCAGCAACAGGCAGUUGCAGCAGCCACAGGAUCCUACCCCAGUGGUCAGUCCAGUGCCAGCAAAUACCCGGGGCCUGGUCAGUCGGCAUUCACCUCUUACCCAAGUGCGUUUGCCCAAUCUCACCCUCAGAAGGCAUUGCCAGAACCGUUUUCAUCCGCUUAUCCAAUCCAACGGAUGCAACAGCCCAAUUAUCAUGCUCAGUUGCAGUUAGAGCAUGCUGCACAGAAACAAGGUCAGAUAAGUCAGAUAAGAGGCAUCGUUGCAGCUAAUCCAACUCUGUCACAAGCCAUGCAGCUUCAGCAGCAGCAGCAACAACAGCAACAGGCCAAGAGUGCUGCACCAUUUGUACCAGGAUACACUGCAAGAAGUCAGGCUGCCCCACCUCCUGUCAACUACCCUACAUCAACUAGUGCUAGCACAUACUCAAACCAGACAAGCAGCCAAGGGAGGUCAGCGUAUGGAGGACAAACACAUGGCAGAUAUUACUAAAUUUUCUAACUUGUUAUAAUUUAACACUUUUGUCGUAAGAGUGAUGAGUAAAAGUGGAUGCUAUCUCGUAUUUAACUUGUGCGCUUUUAAUGUACGAGCUUACCAAUGGAUCAUACUCUCAUUUACUUAAGUCAGUAUAGAUAUUUUAAAAACUUACAUUGUAAAGUUUUUAGUUUGUUUCAUGCUGUACAGAUAUUGUGCAAUCUCUACCACUCCAUUAAGUUUCCAUAAAAUAGGUUUACAAAUAUCCUACAUUCUCUACUGUUUUCAAUUUUCUUUAGAAUGUCCACGCCAACAUGUGGCAUAAAAUUGUUUAGAUAAUCCUUGUGAUAAUUGUAGUCGAUUUAUUACACUUUGUUUUUGUACCAAAUAUGUAAGAACAAGGUAAUUUUUGCCAUGUGACCUCUAAUAGAUGACACAGUACUAUAUAAAGGUAUAAUAAGUGUAUUUGUGUUCAACUGUGCUACAAAACAGUAGAUUACUAAAAUUGCUAGUGUAGUUAUUAAUGGUACCACUGUUGUAUGUAGUGUAUUGGGAAUAAAACUAUUCUGAGCUA